AUGGUUCGUUUUAGUUGGAGUCAGAACAGGAGUGUGUCGGAGGAGGCGAUUUCGGCCGAGGCCGCUGCCGAGGCAGAAAUAUCCAGUCCACUAAUUCUGCCCAGUCGGACCCCUUCGUUGAAGGGGCAUAUACGAGAAGAGGACGAGGAGGAUGACGACAUUUCUUUAGUGUGCAAGGACGAAAUCCGUCGCCGUCGUGCUCAGAAGAAUGUUGUCGUCAUCCUUGCCGUAGGGCUGUCCGCGUCCGUCAUCAUUGGCGUGGUGCUGUAUGGCCUGACAUCUCAGCUGCACGUCCCCACACACAUCUGGAUGCUGUGCAUACAAGCAACUGAGAACCUACUCCUCGUCGCGCUCCCAUGUGCGCUGCUGCUGUGGCGAUUUGCGAAGCCCAUAGACGGUGGCGACGAUGCGAUCAAAAUUCGUGUGGGCGAAGACUGGAAAGAACGACGAGCUGUUCUUUGUCUCUCAGCAAUCGAGAUUGGCCUCGGCAUAUAUGUGCUAGGGGAGCUGCACUUCCAACAUCGAAUCAGCAGUCGUGGGAUGAUAGACUUGAUGGAGUUUAAGAAGGCCCUGACCAUCAAGGCAGCCUGCGGUAUAACAAGUGCUGUGGUAUUUUUUUUUCAAGGCAUUGCUGUCUGCGUAUUUAGCAAGAAUCUGACCAGCAACGCCUUGAGACAGUGCACGGCAUGCAUUUUGGCGGGGGCUUUUCUGAGCCUUAUCACGGCGGUCACGACAUACGACCGUCUCGGAAAAUGGACUAGUCGAGCUAAUCGCUUGCAACGCGACAACGCCUCAGACUAUGCCACCAUCGGUGCAGGAAGCUGUCUGCUCGUACACGGUACUUUUGGUCUAAUCGGUGCGCUCGUGCGGAAGCGAUGUGAUGACGACACACACGGGUCAAACGGAUCGCCAGUCAGGUAUCCUGGCGGGGAGGCAAUUUGA